AUGGACGACUACGACGAGUUCGGCAACUAUAUCGGCCCCCUCUCUGACUCUGGCUCCGAGGUCGAGGAAGAGGAGGUGGAGGAGCUGCCUGAGCUCGAGGAGGCGCCGCCUGCGCCUCCCGCGCAGGACGCGGGCCUGCAGGUGAUGCAGGUCGACGACGCGCCGUCGCAGGCCGUCGUCCUGCACGAGGACAAGGUGUACUAUCCGAGUGCCUCGGAGGUGUAUGGCGAGGAUGUCGAGACGCUCGUCCAGGAAGAGGAUACACAGCCGCUGACGCAGCCGAUCGUCGAGCCGGAAAAGGUGCGCAGCUUUGCGAUCGAGGAGCAGGGCCUGCCCGAGGUCCGCUUCGACCGCGCGUUUAUGAUGAACAUGCUCAACUUUCCCGAGAUGGUGCGCAACGUCGCGGUCGUUGGCCACCUGCACCACGGCAAGACGAGCCUCGUGGACAUGCUCGUCUACGAGACGCACCAGCUCGAGAUCGACGUGGACAAGCCGCUCAAGUAUACCGACACGCACGUCCUCGAGCGCGAGCGCGGCAUGUCGAUCCGGUGCACGCCGAUGUCGCUCGUGAUGCGCACGACGCGCGACAAGAGCUACCUCGUCAACGUUGUCGACACGCCGGGGCACCCCAACUUUGUGGAUGAGGUCGCGGCGGCGCUGCGCCUCGUCGACGGCGCCGUGCUGGUCGUCGACGUCGUCGAGGGCGUCAUGGCGAAUACCGAGGCGAUCAUCAAGUUCUGCUUGCGCGAGCGCAUGCCGAUGACGCUCGUCGUAAACAAGAUGGACCGCCUGAUCCUCGAGCUGCGUCUGCCGCCCCAAGAGGCCUACUUCAAGGUGCGCCACACGAUCGAAGAGGUGAACAGCGUGAUUGCCGCGCACGACCCGAACCCCGCGCUGCGCCUCUCGCCAGAGCGCGGCAACGUCGCGUUUGCGUCGACCGACAUGGGCUACUGCUUCACCCUCCGCUCCUUUGCCAAGAUGUACGCACAAAACGCGCCGGUGGACGUCGACGCGUUCGCACAGCGCCUCUGGGGCAACAUGUACUUUGACGCCUCGUCGCGCGGCUUUAGCAGAAAGGCGCCGCACGCGGACGCGCCGCGCUCCUUUACGCACUUUAUCCUCGAGCCGCUCUACAAGCUCUACACGCAGGUCCUCUCGGCGGACACAAACGCCCUCAAAAAGACGCUGCACCGCCUGCAGAUCCACCUGCGCCCCAGUGCAUUCGAGAUGGACGUGCGCCCGCUGCUGCGCCUCGUCCUGAACCAGUUCUUUGGGGCACCGGCGGGACUCGUCGAUAUGCUUGCGUCGCUCCCGAGCGCGGCGGACGCCACACGCCAAAAAGUCGCACAGACGCUCGCCGCGCCCCCGGACGCACACCUCGCCACCGAGGCGGCCAAGGGCGGGCGCGACGGGCCGCUCCUCGUGCAGGUCGCCAAACUCUUUCCCACGACCGAUGCGACCGAGUUCCGUGCACUGGGCCGUGUAUUGAGCGGCACGAUCGCGCGCGGCGACACGAUCAAGGUCCUCGGCGAGGGGUACUCGCAGGACGACGAAGAAGACAUGGCCCUCGAAACGGUCGCCGACGUAUGGAUCGCCGAGAGCCGGUACGUCGUCCCGGCCGAGGCCGUGCCGGCGGGAAGCCUCGUGCUCCUGGGCGGCAUCGACACGUCGAUCAUCAAGAGCGCGACGCUCGUAGCGCAGUCGCUUGCGCCGAGCGAGACCUAUACCCUGCGCCCGGUCGUGCAAAUGACUGAGAGCGUGCUCAAGGUCGCGGUCGAGCCGCUGAACCCCGCCGAGCUGCCCAAGAUGCUCGACGGGCUGCGGAAGGUGAACAAGACCUACCCGCUCGUCACGACCAAGGUCGAGGAGAGUGGCGAGCACACGCUGCUCGGCACCGGCGAGCUGUACCUCGACUGCGUCAUGCACGACCUGCGCGUGCUCUACGCCGAAGUCGAGGUCAAGAUCAGCGACCCGGUCGUAAAGUUCUGCGAGACGGUCGUCGAGACGUCCGCCGUGCAGUGCUACGCGGUGACGCCGAACCAAAAGAACAAGCUCACGCUCAUCGCCGAGCCGCUCGAAAAGGGCAUCGCCGAGGACAUUGAGCGCGGCGCGCUCGACGUGCGCCUGCCGCCGCGCCAGCUCGCCAAGGUGUUCCAGGAGCGCUACGGCUGGGACGCGCUCGCCGCGCGCUCCAUCUGGGCGUUUGGGCCGGCGGACGACGGGCCCAACGUGCUCGUGGACGACACGCUUCCCGACGAGGUCGACAAGAAGCAGCUCUACCUGAUCCGCGAGCACAUCAAGCAGGGCUUCCAGUGGGCCACGCGCGAGGGGCCGCUGUGCGACGAGCCGAUCCGCAACGUCAAGUUCCGCAUCGUCCACGCAGAAGUCGCGCCCGAGCCGAUCCAGCGCGGCGGCGGCCAGAUCAUUCCCACCGCCCGCCGCGCCGCCUACGGCGCGUUCCUCCUCGCGACGCCGCGCCUGAUGGAGCCCAUCUUUGCGGCCGAGGUGCAGGCGCCGGCCGAGUGCGUCAGCGCCGUGUACACGCUCCUCGCCCGCCGCCGUGGCCACGUCGUGCAGGACGUGCCCAAGGCCGGCACGCCGCUCGUGACCGUCAAGGCGUACCUCCCGGCGAUGGACGCGAACGGCUUCGAGACGGACCUGCGCGUCCUGACGCAGGGCCAGGCCUUCUGCCUCCAGUCCUUUGACCACUGGAGCGUGGUGCCGGGCGACCCGACCGACACGUCGAUUGUCCUGCGCCCGCUCGAGCCCGCGCCGCCGCUCGGCCUCGCGCGCGACUUUGUGCUCAAGAUGCGGCGACGCAAGGGUCUCUCGGACGCGAUCGCCGUGAGCUCCUACCUGGAAAACGACCUAGUCGUCGCCUUGGCGCAGGCGGGGAUCGAGGUGGCGUGA